GGCUACCAUCGAGGCGCAGCCUGCGGCUGCCUAGAGCGGCCGUGUCCGCCGCGGCGGGGGCAGGCCUGGGCCGAUGCUGCUGCGGGCGGCGCUCGGGAGGCUCUGCGCGGCGCCGGCUCGCUGGAACCUUCUCCGCGGCGCGCCCGCGGCCCCAGGAGCCUUCGCCCCAGCGCAGGCUGCCAUGGCCACGCACUUCCCCGGGCAGCAGGAGCAGAGAAUCCGGUCGGUGAAGGGGGACCUGUUCUCCUGCCCGGCCACGGACGCCCUGGCGCACUGCAUCAGCGAGGACUGCCGCAUGGGCGCCGGCAUCGCAGUGCUCUUCAAGAAGAAGUUCGGCGGCGUGCAGGAGCUGCUGGCGCAGCAGAAGAAGACAGGGGAGGUGGCAGUGCUGCGGAGGGAGGAUCGCUACAUCUACUACCUGAUCACAAAGAAGAAGGUUUCUCACAAGCCAACCUAUGACAGCAUGAGGCAGAGUUUGGAGGCCAUGAAGGCUCACUGCCUGAAUAAUGGAGUCACUGACAUCUCCAUGCCCAGGAUCGGAUGUGGCCUUGAUGGCCUGGAGUGGAGCAAAGUCUCAGCAAUCCUUGGGGAGGUGUUUGAGGACACAGAUAUCAACAUCACAGUGUACAGCCUGUGAGAGAGGGCUGGGAGGGCCUCGUUCCCCUGCCUGCAGGAGGGAGGACCUGGGAAGGGCGAGGAGCAGGCUGAGCUCUGCACCUGAGUGCAGCUCCCCCCCGGCGGGGACGGCAGACCCCAGCCCUGCAGAGCAGCCUGCCUGGCUGCGGCGUGGCAGGAGCCUGCGGAGCGCUGCGGCAGCCUGAGGGCGCCCCCAGCCUGUCCCAGCAGGUGUCAGUGCUCCUCCGCCCCGCCGCUGCCCGCUCUGCCUGCUGCCGCUGCCUGCUGCUCGGCCCUGCCGCUCUGCUUGGCGCUGGCGAUGCUGAGCUGCGGAGCCUGCAGCGCUGCGCUGCUCAUCUCUGCCCUGCGGUUUGCUGCCUCUGCUCCUUACAGCACCCAAGUUGAGUUUCUGUCUUGUGGCCACGAACGCAGUGUCCUGUUGGGACUUUGCCUCCCUGGCACCCUGCUGCCAGCAGGAGGGCUGCUGUGCUGGCAGGGCACAGCUUGGCACACCUGUGGCCGUGUCCUGGGGCAGAGCUGGGCUGAGGGCAUGCUGCAGGUGGCUGCAACACCUUGGGGAGCAUUUCACAGCAGGGAGCUGGUGUGGUCUGGGAAUGCAGUGGGGGUGAGCAAGGUGCUGGAAGCAGUCAUGGGGGAGGAUCCCAGGCUGGGUUUUCCCAGUUCUCUGUUGUGCUGUGUUUGUAGUUCAGCUGCAGGUUGAUGUUUGAUGUCACCAGCAGCAGAAGAGCUCAAUGAGAGCUGCUCAGGUCCUUGAGCUGUGGAAGGUUGGCUCCACAGCUGGCAAACUCUCCCCUCCUCCUCAUUCCCUUCCUGGUUUCUCCCACCCUGGCACCGAAUCCUUUUGCCCUCCUCACACUGAGUGCCCAGAGAAGUGUUGCUGUGUUGGAUAAAAUAAAGGUUGGGACAGAAGA